AGGCGCGAGAAGCGUGCUGGCACUGCGGUCUGGACCUGGUGGUGAGAUCGGCGAUAUAGGGCAGGCCAGGGCGUCAGAAUAUACCCGACACUACCCUACUGGGCUUGAAUACCAUAGUCACCAUUCGGACUCUCUGACGUGACGGGAUUUUUCAUUUGCUCGUUCCGCCUGCCUUGACAGUGGUCAGUGCAGUGUACAUGACGUCAACAAUGACCUUGGACUUCACGUCCCUCCGUCUGUCUCUCCUGUGUGCCGCCCUGUCCCUUGUGUAUGGAUCAGUUGUUCCCACCACCAAACUCCCUCCCCGGAGUCCGGCCCGUGACCACUUGAUUCUGGACACAGCUAACCUUGACCAGGACCAGGACGGCUGUAUCGCUGGCCAGACAGAGAUUGAGUCCUUCCGAUACCACGUCGCGCGAGCUCUAGAGGGCACACCCAACCACGUACUCCGGGCUCACAGCAUCGUGCAUAGGGCUGACGUCAACAAGGACGGCCGUAUAUGCUGGUGUGUUGUCCGGGGAGGAGAAAAAGCACCUCAUAGAAGAGUUUGCGACCUGUCUCUCCCUCCCACAAGCUGAGUCCAUUGUGGAGAAUAUGGCGAACCUGUUGGGGGACGACGAGUCCAUUUCUCUGGCGGAAUUUAACAACUACCUGAAGUUUCCACCUCGCAUCGAACCUCAGCCAAAUCUGGGCAACACCCGUGUUAACUUGCAAGCACCUAAUGUCCUCGUCAAUUCCCCUGAGGGUCUGAUGCAAUCGCCGCCAGUCAUCCAGAGGAACCCACCUCUGCAACAACUGCAGCAGCAGCAGCAGCAGCAGCAGCAGCAGCAGCAGCAGCAGGUACCAGAAAAGGCCGUUCUGCAACAACAGAAGCAGCUGUCAGAAAAGCAACAGCAGCAACAACGACACCAACAACAACAGCAGCAACUACUGCUCCAAAAGCAAGCGAAUCUGCAACAACAGCAGCAGCAACAGCAACAGCAACUGCAACAGCAACUGCAACAGCAACAACAGCUCCGAGGAGAACAAGGACAGCGACCGCUUCAGCAAGUGAAGGCGCCGAGGUGGUCCCCUCAAGCCUUGAACGUGAACAGACCCCAGGAACAACCAUCACGGCGAUAUGAGCUCCCUAACCCACUACAGCCGCAGAGAGGAACGGACGGGCAAGAACUGAAACAAAAGCCAAAACAGGAAGGAAAUCCAAAUCUUAAAGCGCAAAAGAAUCCACAAGAUCAGAAUCAAUUUCAACAAAACAAAAUACACGGAAAUCCCAACAGUCACACCGACAACAGUAACAAAAACAGUAGCAACAACAGCAACAACAAUAACAACAAAAACAGCAACAACAACAACAACGACGACGACGGCGACGACGACAGCAACAGCAACAGCAACGACAGUACCAACAGUCACAGCAACAAAAGCAACACCAAAAAGUAACUGUUUGUCCUGAGAUAUUACAAGAAGACCAACAAUGUCUUACUUUUUCUUUUCCAUCCUCUGUUGCCGUUGAACAUAAUAUUGUAAGACAUUUUGAAAUCAAUACAAAUUUUGUCCCUGUACAUUGUGAAGGCGGGGGAGAUGCCAUGUUAAAACUAUGAUUACCGUGCCCUCUGUUUAGUGAAAGUUUAUACGACAGUGAGGCAGCGUGGUGGAAUCAGGCUAUCGUCAAUUUUUGGGCAUGUAGAGUUAUUGGUAUCACCUUAAAGCUUAUUCACUUGUCUUUAUUUGGAUGGAAAAAAUGUUUGUUUGUCUUGAAUACAAGUCGAGAUAUUUGCGAAAGAAGGAGGUGGGGGUCACCUGUUUUCAGAGGUAAAACUAGUGAGAAAAUGGAAGCAAAGAGUAGUUAUUUCCUUAGCUUAAGAGUCCGUGGUAACUGAAAAUUUACAUUUGGGUGCCUUUAUUCAACGCUUUUCAGAAAAAUCCACACAGAAAUUAGUUCUUUAAUGGGCAUGAAAAGUGUUGAGCCAAAAAACAAAAAACGAUAAAAAUUCACAAACCUGCGGAAAAAUGCAAGUUUCCUCACUUUGAUUAUUUUGACGAGAGCCUGAUUCCACCACGCUGCCUCACCUAUACAGAAUUGUGGAAUAGCUGGACAGCCGCCAUGAGGAACCAAUCGACUACGAAUAGUUAGUUAUCAAACCUCUGGUCUUUCAUGAUUAACGACUUUGGGAGCAGACAAGAAACUUCAGUAUGAAACCUUCUAAACUCUAUAUCAUCGCUGUUCUGUCACAACAUAAGUAUACGAAAUACCAUCGUGUUCGAAAUCCUCUUUGAAUAAAUGUUCACAUUCCGUCUUUAAUGAUC